AUCCUUCAUUUUUACAUCUGCCUCUUCUUCUCCACCAGUACUUGCUCUUCUUCUAUCCUCUUCUUUUUUCUCUACUUCCAUCUUGUCCUUCUACUCCCUAACUAGCAUGGAUAACUAUGGGGAAGACAACUUAUGCUGCUAUUUCCACCCUAAGGAAGUGGUUGUGGGGAUAUGUGCCCUUUGCCUGAAAGAAAGGCUCCUCUCCUUGGCCGCUAAACAAGGCCACCUUCCUCUACCCAAGGACACUCGAAGGUCCUUUCGAGUCCUAAGGAAGAAGCCCAACAUCACCCUCCCUAAAGUCUUUGCUCUUGGCUCCUUCUUGCAUCGCAUCGAGUCCCGACGUCCUAGACCAGACGAUGACUCUGAUGAAGGUUCCAUUGCCAGCCUUGAAGACUCGUUCAUAUCAAUCAAGUUCGAGGACAAUGGACACGCUUCAUGGGAUAACAAGAAAGCAGCAAGCAUGAAUCCUUCCAUGAACACCAUCAAUAUCACCACCGACAAGAUCCAGGCCCCUGCAGGAAAGGAAAGCAAGAAACCAAGGAGCAUGGUGGAACAUGCAAAGGCUCGUGGGAUGCUGAGGUGGCGCAAGCGGAUUGGUCAUCUUCUCCAGCUGGCUCUAUGGAAGAGGUCCAGCAAGGCAGGAACUUGCCACGUGGCAUUGGGGAGUAAGGUAGAAGGGAAGAAAGGAAGGAGAGGCUGGAUCAGGAACCUAACAAGGAGGAGGACCACCACCAUAGGCUAAGGUGGGGAAGUCCUCUCACUUCCCUUCACCCAAUUUGGUGUGGUUUGUCAUAAUUGGCACAUAGAUAUAUAUCUAUCUAUCUGCUUGUCUGAAAUAGAGAGUUUUGUUGAAAAUAUACUUCAAAAAUAUAAGAUAGCACAAGGCCAUAGUUGUGAACUCACUUGAUAAUGGGCUGCUCCUGUCUUUUAGUUGUUUGUUUGUUAUUAUUUUUGCACUUAAAAGGGCUUAGAUAUUUUGGCUUCUUC